AUGGAGUGCAGUUGCCAAAGUGACGAAUACGGUUCUAAGUUUCGCCAACCGUACGGAAUAACCGAUCAAAUUCGGGGAUACGGGUUGGCUGCUGGUCUUAAUCCAGUGCAGAUCCGCAACGAGGGGUUCAGAGCAUUCCCAACGGGACAGUUUGUCGAUGCCUCUGGUAUUCCAGUUGAUCCCUAUGGGCGCUUGCAAGGAGUUCCGCUCACCGUACCAUACCAAACGAGAUUACAGCCAAUUGUGACACAUCGCUUCAAUCGAAGACGUUAA